AAGACAAGAUUUUCUAUGCUUGUUUUCAUACUAGCUAUGUUCCUGAACAUCUAAACUAAACAUUUCUUUUAAGCUUCUGACUAAAUUUCCCUGCACCAGCCUGUUCUUCUUCUUCAGAUUCAAAACCAAGCGAGAAGCAAAAUUUGCUCCACCGCACACCUCUACAACACAUGGGUCGCUUACUGCCACCUUCAUUUUUACUUUUUCUUUUCAUGCAUUUCGCUGUUCUCUUGCUUGUGGGCUCAGUACCCGACUCUGUGCACGGCGGGAACGAGACAGACCGACUAGCCUUACUAGCAUUCAAGGCCGAGAUCACUGGCGAUCCUCUCGGGACACUAAACUCUUGGAAUGAAUCAGUUCACUUCUGUCAAUGGGCUGGCGUAACAUGUGGCCGUCGGCACCAGAGGGUCACUCAGUUAAACCUUACCAAUUGCAAACUAACAGGGUCCAUUUCGCCUCACAUUGGAAAUUUAAGUUUCCUUAUGAACCUAAGAUUGGAUAACAAUAGCUUGAGCCAUAACAUCCCCCAACAAAUCGGCCACUUACGCAGACUGACAUUCAUGUCACUGUAUAAUAAUUUAGUUACCGGAGAAAUUCCGGCCAAUAUAUCUCGUUGCUCUAAUCUUAAUAACCUUUGGCUUCAUGCAAACAGCCUAACUGGAGAAAUUCCAACAGAGCUCGGUCGCCUAUCCAAACUCCAGAGAUUGUUUAUUGCAAGAAACAAUCUAACAGGAGUUGUGCCUGCAACUAUUGGUAAUCUAUCAUCUCUGACAUACCUCUAUUUAGCCAACAAUAACAUUGGUGGGAGUAUACCUGAUAAUCUAGGCCGAUUGACAAACUUGGAAAGUCUUUCGAUUGGAGUGAACAGGUUAGUCGGUAUGGUUCCUUCCUCGUUAUUUAAUAUCUCUUCCAUUACGGGCUUCGAUAUCUUAAUGAAUCAAGUCCAAGGGAUUCUUCCCUCAAACCUAGGAACUUCACUUCCUAAUCUCCAGUUCCUUGGACUGGCUUAUAACUCGUUUACUGGACCCAUACCUAGUUCAAUAUCUAAUGCCACCAACCUAGAUUUCCUUGGCCUGUCGUAUAACAAUUUCACUGGGAAAAUGCCAGCUUUGGAUAAGCUGCGUAAUCUAUGGAUGUUAGCUGCUUCUUCGAAUCAUCUAGGAACAGGGGAAGCAGAUGACUUGAGUUUUCUGUCCCCUUUGAUCAAUGCCACCAAAUUUGAACGGUUGGUACUGGACGACAACGGUUUUGGAGGCAUGUUUCCAGAAGCAAUUACCAAUUUCUCCAUUCGGCUUAGUAAUGUACAAUUGCAGAACAAUAAGCUGUACGGAAGCAUCCCAAGAGGAAUAGGGAAUCUGGUCAAUUUGCAACUAUUUAACGUACAGAACAACCAUUUGACAGGUGAAAUUCCUGCUAAUUUUGGGAAGCUUCAAAACCUGAAUCUCUUGGUGCUCGGAGGUAAUAGAUUCUAUGGUGACAUCCCGUCAUCUUUCGGAAACUUAUCCUUGUUACUAAAUCUUGAUCUAUCUGAAAAUAAUCUUAAUGGAAGCAUCCCGCCGAGUCUGAGUAAAUGCCAAACGUUGCUGAAGCUUACACUCGCAAAAAAUAGUCUUAGUGGCACCAUACCCAUGCAAGUUGUUAGUCUCUCAUCACUGAUAAAUCUUGACCUAUCCUAUAACAACUUGACUGGUGUCGUCCCUAUGGAAGUCGGGGGUUUGAAAAAUCUUGAAACACUAAAUAUUUCCGAGAAUAUGUUGAUUGGUAAUGUUCCAAGCACCCUUGGUAGCUGUGUGAAAUUGGUAUCGCUUAUUUUGAAGGGCAACAAGUUCUCAGGAAUCCUUCCAUCAACUUUGAAUCAAUUGAGAGGCAUGGAGGAACUAGACAUUUCUAUGAAUGAUUUUUCGGGCAAAAUCCCAGACUAUGUAGAGGGCUUUCAUUUCUUAGAGAAAUUAAACAUAUCAUUCAAUGAUUUUGAGGGAGCAGUACCAAAACGAGGCAUAUUUAUGGUUGCAGCAGCUAUUUCUGUUGAGGGAAACAAGAAGCUUUGUGGAGGUAUUCCUGAUUUAAAACUGCGGAGUUGCCAAUCCAAGGGAUUUGCAAGGAAGAAAUUCGCUCACGUCGUGAAAUUGGUGCUUCCAAUGUCUUUUGGGCUGUUAUGUCUCGUUUUGAUGAUUUAUUUUGUGUAUCUUCGUUGGUUUAAAAAGAGAACAGAGGUACCAUCUUUUUCCUUUUUCGGCCAAUCGCUUGCUAAGGUUUCCUACUGGAGUCUAGUUAAAGCGACCAAUGGGUUCUCUCCAGCCAAUCUAAUAGGCAUGGGUAGUUUUGGUUCAGUGUACAAAGGAGUUCUUGAUCUUGAUCACGAUGAAAAACUAGUUGCUGUGAAGGUAUUAAACCUUCAAUCCCGGGGAUCUACCAAGAGUUUCUUUGCCGAGUGUAAAGCGUUAAGGAGCAUUAGACAUCGGAAUCUUGUAAGUGUCCUCACGGCAUGUUCAAGUGUUGACUAUAAAGGUGAUGAUUUCAAAGCUCUGGUUUACGAGUUCAUGGUCAAUGGGAGCCUAGAGGAGUGGCUGCAUCCAAAUGCGAAAGAAGAUGAUGCGCGCGGCCAGUCACGGAGUUUAAACCUUCUACAUAGGUUAAAUAUUGCGGUUGACAUCGCUUCUGCACUUUUUUAUCUUCACCACCAUUGCUCGGAACCAAUAGUUCAUUGUGACUUGAAACCAAGCAAUGUUCUUCUUGACGAUGAUAUGGUUGGACAUGUCGGUGAUUUUGGGUUAGCAAGAUUCCUUGUAGAUGCGACCCCUAAUUCUUCUGCAAAUCAAUCAAGUUCUAUUGGCUUACGGGGGUCAUCCGGUUAUGCAGCUCCCGAGUACGGCACGGGAAAUGAAGUAUCAACGUCGGGUGAUGUGUAUAGUUACGGUAUUCUGUUACUGGAGAUGUUCACAGGGAAGAAACCUACAGAUAGUGUGUUCAAUGGUAGUAUGACCCUCCACAACUUUGUAGAGAUGGCUGUGGCUGAACAGGUAGCAAACAUUGCUGAUCCAACUUUGUUUCAACAAGUAGUAAUGGGAGAGACAAGCUCAAGCAUCAAAAGCUCUCAGAAUCAAAGCCCGGCUAGCAUUCAUGAAGUUCAGCAGUGUUUGACUUCAAUUCUGAAAUUGGGAAUAGCCUGUUCAGAAGAACUACCAAGAGAUCGACCAGAUAUCAAAGAAGUUGUUACUCAGUUGCAUGUGAUCAAGAACAGUACUCUUCUCGGAGUUCGGAGUACACAGAAGGUAGGAGAGCUAGAUAUGCAGCUUGAUCAUGUGCAGGUGCUUCAGGUUUGAUGGUUAGCUUGACGGUACGUAUCUGUUGACACCACAACUUUGGGAUGUUGCAUAUCGCUUUGGGUACGUGUUACAUGUGCGAGUUUGUUGUUCAAUUUUUGUAUUUUUUUCAAGUUUAUGUUCCUCUUAGGUUUUUAGUCUAUCUCAAGCAUGCAUGCGAAUUUUCUCAUUUAAGUAAUGUACUUUAAGUAAGACCACAUUUCAA